AUGCAAGAACUUGGAUGCCCCCAAUUACGGAUUCAUUCUACACUAGCUCUGUACAUCUCGCUGCGACGCUGUUUGAUUCCGGUGGUGCAUGAUGUCAUGUUAAGACUAUUGUUUGGAGAUCUCAUUGUCGGUUCAAGGUUGUAUUUCCUCAAGGCACUCAAUUUUACGGUUCAACAGUGCGUUCGAGAAUCGUGUGUGGCGAUUGAAACACUUGAGCACUGUUUCUUAUCAUGCCACGGCUUGAACGAUAUGUGGCAAUCACUGUGGGCGCGAUGGAGCAAGGCGUUCCACGCCGUGUUAAGCUGGAGGCUGCUGCUUUUUCCACAGCCACGGGACAUCAAAGCAGAUUGGAAGCAACAACAUAAAACCAUUUUGCUGCUAUGGAGAGUUGCAACAGAGCAACCAAGCACUCAAGGUUUGAUGAGCUCAUUUCGCCGACAUUGUCAAUACAUGUUCCAGCAUUCUGAAGAGCUGAAACUGGACGGUGAUGCAAUAAAUUCGGUGCUUCAACGACUUGGGUUUGAUGCACCCAAACCAAUUCGAAUUUGGAUUCCGCGGCCAUAA